AUGUUCAGGCACCCGCAGUCGACGCCGGCGCGUAAUGUAAGUUAAUAUACAGACAUUUACAAACACGUGAGAUUGAAAAACUUAACUACUUUCAGCAGUACACCACUGACUACAGCAUGAAAGCCAUGCCAAGGGCUCCAGACCGUCCUCUCGUUCCAUACAUGCGGUACAGCCGGAAAAUGUGGCCAAAGGUUUUUCCGGUUACUCUUAGGAAUUUCUCUACAGAGAUUUAUUUGUAGGUUCGCUCGGAAAACCCUGAUGCUCAAUUGUGGGACAUUGGAAAGAUCAUCGGACAAAUGUGGAAAGAUUUGAGUGAUGUGGAGCGGUCGCUUUUCCAGCAUGAAUAUGAUUGUGAGAAGGUUUCAGUGCAUAUCGAUUUUUUGUUCUUCACAAUAUAUUGCUUAAGAUUGAAUACGAAAAGCAAAUGAAGUCUUAUCAAAACUCUCCUGGCUACCUACAGUACACGAAUUCCAAGGUUUUUCUUCGAUUAUCCGAAAAAAAUAAAAUUGAGAAGCUUUCAGAGCCGCGCGAAAGCGAAUGAAAAGAACUCGAGAAGUCGCAUGGAUGCUGGAGGAGUUGUGAUUCAACCAAUAGACGAAGAAGAUGCAGUAAACGAACUGAGCGCCCGUAGAUUAGCAGCAGUCAGGUAUAAAAUGAAUUUUUUUUUUGAUAUUUUAAUUCAAAAAAGAAAACCUAAUUUCUCUUCAUAUGCUUUUUUUUAGAUUUGAUCGAAACCAUCGACUUGUCUGCGACCUUUUCUCGCCUGCCAUUGUUACAGACACAAGAACGGUUGGUUUCGUGGUUCAUUUUUUUAGGUUUUUUUUUUUGAAUAGUUUCAUUUCGCUUCGAUACUCCUCAGAUAAUUUUUAACGAGUUUGCAGGUUGUUGCCCAGCAGAGAAUGGAAAUGCUGCGACGACAGGCGUCUUCUCUCGCGCAGCACCAAAGUAAACUUGAAGAGGAACUUAUCAAGUUCGUUUUCUUUCGAUUAGUUUCAAACGAUGUGCUCAUUAAUUUUGAUUUUUUUUCUCUGUUAUUUUCUUUUUCUAGGCUCGAAACAACGCAUAAUGAGCGCAAACGCAACAUUGAAAAGAACAGCGACGAGUUUCAGGUUUCUUUGAAGAAGGUAAGGCUCUUGAAUUUAUCAGUAGUUCAUCUUUGCUUUGAAGGUUUGCGACGAGAAACCUGUUGUAGAUGAAAAAAGUUUCGAAGAAAUGGUCAGUAAAUCUGAGGAAAAGCUUCUUGAAGCAUAUGCCGAGUACAAACGCAAAGAAGACGAAAUUUUGGCAAAGUCGGGUGAGAGAAUUUUCAAACUCAAAGAAAAGUUUAUCUAGAGUUUUUGUUUGCUUGUUCUGCUGCUUGAUAUAUCUUUCAAACUCCGAACUUUGAGAAAAUUCUGUCAAAAUAGCGAAUAAGGGUUUUUUUUUUCUGUGUUCAUUGUUUUGUGUGUAGGAAGGUUAUUGAGUAUAAUGAAGAACUUUAUAGAUUUAUUUUUUCGGAGACCCUUUAAACGGAAAAUUAAAACGCUAUUCACGCUUUUCAUUUUACAAAACUUAUUUCGGUUCUCAUUCUAUCGAUUUUUCAGUUUUGACUUUUUUCUUUGCUUUGUACUUUGAACUCUUCAUAUGAUUUUAAUAUAGCGUCUCUUAUAAUAUAACUAGGGACUGCUAACCAUUUUUCGAAAAUGAAAGCACAAUGAAACAAAUGAAUGUAACAUUUAGAUCGAGGAAGUGAGAUUAGAUUUAAAAAAAAACAAAAAGUUUGGAAAAUUCAACCGAAAAAUGUCAAAAAAGUAAUUAAAUAGCAUUUUUGAGAAAUAUUUUUGGCCUAAAACCUGUUAAGGCAGGGUUGCAUGCGUGGAGCGAAAAACGCAACUCGCGUGCGCGCCCCAUCCCUUUGUUAUUUUUUGAGAGAAUUAAUGGUUUUUUAAUUUCACUAAGAAUAACUGACGAGAUAAAAGCGAGGUCGGUGGCGGUACAUUGACGAGCUCGCAAACAUCUCGCUUUUUUCAAGGCGCGAUCUUGCAUUUCUCUCGGCGCGACCUCGCAUUUUUCUUGGCGCCAUCUCGCAUUUAUCUCGCACUUCGGAAAUUUUCAAAUUGCGAGAGAAAUGCGAGCUCGCGCCUAGAAAAAUGCGAGCUCGCGCCCAGAAAAAUGCGAGACCGGCGCGAGAAAAAAAGCGAGAUGUUUGCGAGCUCGUCAAUGUACCGCCAGUGUCUCGCGUUUAUCUCGGCAGUUAUUCUUAGUGUUACUUAAUAUAUUUCCAUCAUGAAAGUAAAACUGAUUCAAACAUAUGGAAACAGUUUCAACGUGUAUAAAUUCAAAAAAAACAUCGAAAUUGCCCUCGAAAUAAUUUCGAAAAGCGUUGCGACGCGCAAAAUUGUUCCUCCCGCAUGAACCCCUUCGUAGAUCUGCAUACGUUUUUCAUUUUUAAAUUUUUUUCGACAGUUUUUAUCUAAAUACAGCCAAGCCUCAUUUUUCAAGUUUUGACUUCCAGAAGAUAGAGAAUUUUCUCAUCUAUAUAUUUCUCUUUGUCCAAUCGUUGUCAGUCAAUGUUUGAAAUCAAACAUGAAUUUCAACAAAAAGUGUAUUGGGUGUAAUUUUCAUGGCCUUUUUACUCUAACGUUCACGAGUUUCGAUGGAUUUUUUUUUCUCAUUCUAUUUUGACGAAUUUCAAUUAAUAUUUGAACAGAAUACAUUUUCUUUAUAUGAGCAACUGGAGAACUACCAACCGUUCAAACAUAUUUGACAACAUAGAUCCUUCAUUCUCAACUCAUCUAUAUAUUUCUCUUUGUCCAAUCGUUGUCAGUCAAUGUUUGAAAUCAAACACGAAUUUCAACAAAAAGUGUAUUGGGUGUAAUUUUCAUGGCCUUUUUACUCUAACGUUCACGAGUUUCGAUGGAUUUUUUUUUCUCAUUCUAUUUUGAUGAAUUUCAAUUAAUAUUUGAACAGAAUACAUUUUCUUUAUAUGAGCAACUGGAGAACUACCAACCGUUCAAACAUAUUUGACAACAUAGAUCCUUCAUUCUCAACUUUUUUUAAAAAUUUUUUUAAACUUCAAUAUGCAAUGUAACAAAUUUAUGCAAAAGAAAAUCAUAUGGUUUUGUCACUGGAAAAGUUGCAUUUUGAAAAUAUUUUGCUUCAAUGAAUUUUCUCCGCGUUUCUCUCUGGCAACGAAAAAAUCACUGUUUUCUCUUGCAAUGUUGCGGAAAUUUAAGAAGCUGCGGAAGACGAGAAAUCAACAGAAUCGGCGCCGGUUCUUCGGAACCUCGUGAUGAGUGAAGAGGACGACGGCGCCAAGUCCGCUGCCAAAAGUUGCGAAGGAACAGCGCCGGAAGAGGAGCCGAGCAGCGAAGAAGCUGGUGGCUUGGCCGACAACGAGGCAGUCACUCAAUGA